AACACAAAUCCAAAGAGCACAAGCACACAGCGAUCACUAACCAAGCAAUUAGCAGCUUCACCACCAAAUCCAAGAACUCAAGAGGCAUCUCUGCCCUCGUGUUAGUUAGCGGAGCGACCGAGGAGAGAGAAAUGGCGGCAAGAGCAGGAGCGUUAUUGCUCGUGGCUGCCGUGGCGGCGGCGCUGGUGGCGUCGUCGUCGGCGCAGUCGUCCGGGUGCACGACGACGCUGAUCAGCCUGUACCCGUGCCUCAACUACAUCAGCGGCAACGUGUCGGCGCCGCCGUCGUCGUGCUGCUCGCAGCUCGCCAGCGUCGUGCAGUCCAACCCGCAGUGCCUCUGCGCCGCGCUCAGCGGCGACUCGUCGUCCCUCGGCGGCGUCACCAUCGACAAGACGCGCGCGCUCGCGCUCCCCCAGGCCUGCAACGUCAAGACCCCGCCGGCGAGCAAGUGCAACUCUGCCGGCGGUGGCAACUCUCCGGGCGCCGCGACGCCGACCACGCCGUCGUCCGGCGGCGUGCCAGCGAGCGCAGCUGGUGCAGGAACCGGCGGCGGAUCGAAGGCGACGCCGACGUCGCCGUACCUGACGACAUCCGGCGGCGCGUCGAUCCGGGGGGCGGUGAGCCUGGCGCUCGCGUUCGCGGCUGUCGCCAUCUAUGCCGUCUGAGCAUCUCGGCUCAGCGAGCCCCUGUUGCCCUCGGCGUUUGGAGAUUCACUGCCGUUCAGGAUGUGUUGCGUCAUUGUACCGUGAAUUGGUUGAUCAUUGCAUUGAGUUUUGGGCGUCGCAUUUGUACUAUUGCUUGUAUCUGGUUAUCGCAAUAAAGAAUAUCCUUGUUGGUUCUGUUUCA